CCAAUGCCAUUGGCACCACCGUUCGAAGGUCGUCUAAUCCCUAUUUUGAGAAUCAAAAUCACUCUUAUACUCUGCUCCAUUUCAACUCUCUCUCUCUGUUUUCCGAUCAUCCGCCGGCUAAUUCCUUGUUUCCGGCGCCGGGAACUCACACCCUUACGGUGGUGGACGAGAGGUAUCCGGCGAACCCCACACCCCCCGCCCGCCAUGGCCGACAAUCAUCCUCGCCUCGAUAACCUCCGCAGUACGGCCCAGCUUCUCAAAGAAGCUACCGCCUCCUUCACAUCUAAUCUCUUCACCUUCCUUUUCCUUUCCCUUCUCAUCCUCUCCUUCCGCGUUGUCGUCGAAAAUGGCACCCAAUAUGUCACCUCCUUCAUCGACCGCGACCCUUCUCUUAAGGCUCUUCUUUCUCGCCUUGACAUUGCAGGGGAGCAACGCCUCCUCCACUCACCCGAGGACCCUGCCAUGUCUGGGGCUGUUGCCCAUCGCCAACGUCGCCAGCGUCGCCGGCCUUUUCUGCAUCUUACCCGCGUCGGAACCCUAGGUGACGAUAUCUUCUCCGGAGAUGGGGAUGACGAGCGUAGCCUCUUAGGGACCAAUCGGAAUCACCUACCUAACGCCAGUUUCGUGUUUUUUACCCAAUUCAGUUCGAUCUCAGGGUUCUCAGAUCUGGUCGUUGACGAUGGAAUUAGGGUUUCGGAAGUUGUUCAUCCGGGAAUGCGAUUCAAGGAUAUGAGUUCAUCUUUUGCUAAUGAUAAGGAAACUUCUGAUGAUCAGGAAGAAAACGAUAGAAGACUUGAAGAGGAAAAUGUUCAUCAGGACAUGGAUAGGCUUGUAGAUUUGCAAUUUUUCGUCAAAGGAUUGGAACUUGGACGUCGGGACGCUGCAGCGCUGUUCUUCUUUGUGAGUUUUCUAUCUGCUGCAUAUAUCUGGGUGAUGCUUGGCUUUCUUGUCACAUAUUCAUGGGCUUCAGGCAUUGUGUUCAUCGCUGUUCUUAACGAUCUAACACACAGAUUUGGUUCAUUUGUUGGUAUGGUAUGGCAUGGAUCAAAAUUGGGGUUCAAGAGGCUUUCUGGGUUUAUCUUGAUGAGAUGGGCAGUGCGAGAUGCACUAACCCAGCUCCUUGGAUUAUGGUAUUUUGGUGAAAUUGAAGAUCAAUAUUCAUUUUUCAAGCUAUUUGUUCGGUUGAAGUUGAUGCCAUUUUCCAUAAUGUCACCAUGGAUUCGUGGGUAUGAGAAAGAGAUCUCUGGGUUUCUGUUUGCUUGGUUUUUGCUAGAUACUCUUGUUGCAUUCAUCUUUGCAGUGGAUGCAUGGGUUGUGAUUGUGGAUGCAAGGCGUAGUGGUAGAGAGAUCUUAACAGAAGGUUGUUAUUUGAUACUCACAAUGCUAAACCAAGCUAUUCAAAUCAAGUGCUUGGAAGCCAUUUGUUGUGGGUCUUUCAUGAGAUGGGCACUUGCAAGAGUUUGUGGGAAACAUGUUGCCAUGUUUUUUCAGUCAGUGGGAGAGGUGUAUUUCAUGGUGGUAUGGCUAAUCUUCUACUUUGCUGCUAGGUGUAGGGAUGCCAAAGUGCAGGGACAGAGGUUUGGGCGUAGAGAGCUGGAGGGCUUGAUCGAGGGGGUUAGAUAAUGGUGAAUUGAUGAUGGCUUGCUGGUAAAUUUUUCAUUGCUCUGUGCUUGAAUUUUUGCAUUUGUAGGAUCCACUGGUAUUGCUUCUGUACUUGUGUAUAUUUUACAUCAAAAUUACUUGAUACCAAUCAAAUGCAUCCCAGAGGGAUGCGUUGCUGACAUCUGUUUUUAGGAAUGUCAUAAGAAUCUGUGGUAUGUAGAUAGAACUGUAGGGGUCUGUUUUUAGUGUUUUACAUGCCAUUCUGCAUGGGAGAUUGAAGAACUAUAUAGGCUUCACUAUGGGAAAGAAUUGAAGGUUGUGUGUGUUGUCUGCCGGUCAUGAUAAUUGUCGAAGGAAGCUGUGUGCUACUAAUUUACUUGUUGUGGGCUUGUAUCUGAAUCAGAAGAAGUGAUCUACAAUGAUCAAUAAUAGGAUGGAAGCUUCCCUUUGUUGUU